CACCCCGUGAGACAAGAGCCCCCCGGCUGUCGGUGACGUCGCCCCGUCUCGAAACACUGUGUUGCAUCACCAAUACUCCCGUAGGGCCACCUCUCGAAAGCUGCAGAGCCCUGCUGCAUUCGCAUCCCGUCGUUGCACCGCUUGCUGCCCAUCGCCGUGCAUUCAUUUCCUUGCCCCCGCCCCGCAAACAAUCCAACGCACCUACCGCCCGCCCGCUCACUCACCGGGGGCCAUGAGAUUCCCGCGCCUCGUCCCCGUGCUCGUCGCCUCCGCCGCCCUCCCCACCUUCUCCGCGUUGGCCGAGCACCCGGCCGCCGACCGGGCUCAGAUCCCCAUGAUGCCGCCGUCACCGCCGCCGCCGACGUCCGGCGCCGACGACAGCAAAGGCUCCGGGAGCGGCGCGUCCCCAUCCUCGUCUUCCGCGGUGCCCCUCGCCGACAUCCUCGGCACCAACCGUGCCCUCACCUCCUUCUCCUCGUUUGCCCGCAUGCACGCCUCCACAUCGUCCCUCCUCGCCGACCGCUCCGCCAACACCACCGUCCUCGCGCCCCUCAACUCCGCCAUCGAGGCCCUCCCUCGCAAGCCUUGGGAGGACCCCCGCGAGUACGACGCCCUGGGCGAGCAGGCCUACGACGGCUCUGGCGGCGAGUCCCGCGCCGACGCCAACCUCCGCCGCUUCGUCGAGGCGCAUCUCGUCCGCGCGAGCCCCUGGCGUGAGGGCGAAAAGGCCCCUACCGUCGCCGGCCGCCAGAUCUGGUGGGCCGACCAGAAGAGCGGCAAGAGGGUCAUCCUGCCGGAUGGGAUCGAAGUCGAGAGGGUGGCUAGCACCGUUGCCAACGGCGAAGUGUGGACUCUCAAGGGCGUUCUCAACUACACGUAAUCUACCCCGGGCUUGUGUCUUGGUUUUUGGUGUACAAUGCGAGGUGAUUUGGCUUUCAUGUAAACACCUGCGUUUGGCUUUCCUAGGUUUCUGUCACGCGCCACAAUGCGGCUCGCGGCGUCGAGCACCACACGACAUGUUUGAAUCAUUGGAGCAAUUUCAUUCGCAAUCUCGAAUCGGGUCGCGGCUUGGCAGGUUCAGUGCGUAUCACCUUGACAUGCAGCAAGCUGCCUAUUUUAUGCGAGCGCAAACAUAUGAGAGCGCAAACACCGUUCAAGCUUUUCCCUUCCACCAUUACCUGUGAACAUGUAGCCCGCCAAAAAUGACACACCCAACGCCUCAUUGUGCAACCUAGCCUCGUCGUCAAGU